CGUGAGGAUGCUAAGGAUUAUUAUUCACGUUCUAGAAGUCCGUCCGCUUUUUAUUCAUUUUACUUAACCAGUUCUAUUGCUUAACCACCUAUGAAUAAACAAAGAAAAAAAAAGAAAAAAAAAACCGAAAGAAGAUCGAGGCCAGCAAGAUGGACCGCUCACCUUCUCCGAUGACGAUAUAUCUAUUCGUGGGGUUCGUGACGAUUUCGUAUUUCCCCAUGGACCGGGAAGAAAAAGAGGGGAUUCGCAACAUUUGUGGAUUUCUUCAUCCAUAUUCUAUUGCCAUAACUUGUCCAAAUGUAAGGUAUAUUACAAUCCUGUACCCUAUUGGUUCUUUACUCGCCGGCGGGCAACUAUACCAGGUUCAGAUGGCUCAAGUCAUAUCCCGUCGCGCGCGCUUCGCUGGCCGCCGCAUUCGAGAUCCUCUGGAGCGGACAUAUGAUUGGUCUGGAUUACCGAAACAAGGUAUAUGGCUCAAUAACUCGAGGAAUAGCACAGAGCAGAGCCCUAUCCUAGGUUGGGUUUUUACUUUAUUCUGUAGGCUGCUUCUAGCUAGCAUCGGCACGUGUUUAGCAGGUAAUUAUGUAUUGAAGGUAUCCUGGCUAUAUAUAGUAUAAGCCGUACUGCGUGCAUAGAUCUGGUGUGGCGAGCUGCUUGUUAACCGUCUAUUGGUCACAUCAAUGCCUCCAUCAAAAUAAAAAUUGUUCACCUAAGGUAAUGUGGCGGUCUAUCUAUACCCUGGCUGCAGAUAAUUCACAAGAAACCAAAAAAGAAAUACUUCAAUUGCCUAUACUCUUUCCAUUAUUGAGAUUAGACGUCAUCUCGACGAAGAACUUAACGAUGUCGUUCCUCAA